UAUACACCCUUAAACCCCCUAACAACAUUUUGUAUCCAAUUUCUUUCAUUAUUUCUUCUUCAAAGACUCAAUUUUUAUCAAUGGCUUGUUCCAUAAAGCACUCACCUUUAUCAAUCACACCUUCAAAUUUUAUUCCAAAAAGGGGUUAUAAUAAUUCAAAUCUUGGAUUUUUACAACUCCCAUCAAUUCCAAAAACAAAGAUUAAUAAAAAAUGGGAUAAAAAACCUCUUUACAUAUCAAGAAUUGGUAAGCCAUUGAUAUGCAAAGCAUAUGAAGCUGCUGAUAAAUCACAGCCAUUGGAUGUAAACAUUGAGUUACCAAAACAAUCAAAGGAUGUUGUUAGUGCUCAGAAGGUUAAGAUUAGUAUAUAUUUUGCUACAUGGUGGGCAUUGAAUGUUGUUUUCAAUAUAUAUAAUAAGAAAGUUCUUAAUGCUUAUCCAUUUCCAUGGUUAACUUCUACUUUGUCACUUGCUACUGGUUCAUUGAUUAUGUUGAUAUCAUGGGCUACAAGAAUUGCUGAAUUCCCAAAAACUGAUCUUGAGUUUUGGAAGACUCUGUUUCCGGUUGCAGUUGCUCAUACAAUUGGGCAUGUAGCAGCCACAGUUAGUAUGUCUAAAGUUGCAGUUUCCUUCACUCAUAUAAUCAAGAGUGGUGAACCGGCUUUUAGCGUAUUGGUUUCAAGGUUUUUGCUUGGUGAGACAUUUCCGCUUCCGGUAUAUUUGUCGCUUGUGCCAAUCAUUGGUGGUUGUGCACUUUCAGCUGCUACUGAGCUCAAUUUCAACAUGACUGGUUUUAUGGGGGCAAUGAUAUCAAAUCUUGCAUUUGUGUUCCGGAAUAUAUUCUCAAAGAAAGGAAUGAAGGGGAAGUCCGUUAGCGGGAUGAACUAUUAUGCGUGUUUGUCUAUUAUGUCUCUGUUAAUUCUAACGCCUUUUGCAAUUGCAAUGGAGGGCCCCCAGAUGUGGGCAUUAGGUUGGCAAAACGCUGUCUCUCAGAUAGGACCCAAUUUUGUUUGGUGGGUGGCUGCGCAAAGCAUAUUCUAUCACUUGUAUAACCAGGUGUCUUAUAUGUCCUUGGAUGAGAUUUCUCCCCUAACGUUUAGCAUAGGAAAUACAAUGAAGCGGAUAUCUGUCAUAGUUUCCUCUAUCAUAAUCUUCCAAACGCCUGUCCGACCCGUCAAUGCACUUGGAGCUGCCAUUGCAAUCCUGGGAACCUUCAUUUAUUCACAAUCAAAACAAUAAGGUAGUCUACUAGAGGGAUAUCGAGAUCCAUGGAGGUGACUGGAGGUACAGAGAUGUUGUUGCAGCUUUUAUUGCUCUUUCUCGCGUUAGCUCAGCGAGGAUCGGAGGGUUCAUUAUCUUUUAAUCCAGUUCUUUUAUUCUCCUGUUGAGUUUUUCUCUUUUUCUUUGUCCAAAGUGGGAUGAGGUAGAUAUGCAAGUUGUGGGAAAAUAAUGUGUAGCAAAUGACUAGACAGUUGAUAUUCUUUAGUAUAAGUAGAGGCAAUAUUAAGUUAUUUCUGCAUCUACACUCUUCUAUACUAUCCCAACCCAGGGCCUUAUACCUGGCUUGAACCCGUCAACCAGUUCGGUUAAAUCGGUAACCGGAAUCGGUAAAACCGGUUAACCGGUUCCGGGUAACCGUUUAAUUAUUACCGGUCCAGUUCCGAUUUUUUUGAAACCAGAACCGGUUAAACCGGUAAAACCGGAACCGGACCGGUUAAACCGGUGAAAUAAAAAAAAAUUAUAGCCGUUGGCCUUGGGCCUUUGUCCGUUAAUGGACCGUUGGCAACGGUCCAUUUGCAAAAAUGGUUGUUGCCAAACGGUCAUAAAAUUAAUUUUUGGCCCCCUAACCCCCCAAACUUUUUUUUAACACUUUAACCCAUCCCCCACCACUAUAUAAACCCUUCUUCAUUUUCAUUUUAAUUCACACCAAUUCACUUUUCUUCUCUUUCUCUCAAAUCUCAAUCUCUCAAUUAUAGUUACUUUGCAAUAAUUAGCCACAAAGUCUUAUUAUAGUUUCAACUUUAAAUUAUCAAUUUUGCAAUUAUAAUAUUGUUGGUGGAGUUGGUGAUUUUGCAACAAUCCGAAGUAGCUUUGGUGGAUUUGCAAUUCUAUCCGCCUUCACUUUGUUGGAAAUUAAUCCGGCAAUUUGGUACCUUCGUUCCAACUCUAUCUUUAUUUUUCGCAAUUUAAUUCUAGCAAUUUAUUUUUCGCAAUUUAAUUUACGUAAUUUAAUUCUGGCAAUUUAAUUUGUUGUAAUUUAUUUUCUUGUGAUUUAUUUGAUUGUGAUUUAAAUUAAUUCUAUUUAAUAAUGUCAAAGAGAUUAAGACGUGGUGCCGGCAGUAGUAGUCGUAUUGUUAGGGGUGGGCUUAAUGAGGAAACAUUUGUGGAAGAAACACCUAAUUUAGGUAUUGAUGUUGGUGGAAAUAAUUCACUUUUAGGUCAUGAGGCAAUGCAACAACAUUUUACCGACACUUUUAAUGAAGAUGAUGAUGAUGAAACACAACCCCCCGAAAACCCCAUAGGAGAUACAUGUCCUGCACAAUCACAUACACAAGACAAACCGCCUAGAACUCGUAAGCCAACAGCUAAAGUUUGGAAAUUUAUGACUAAGAAUAGGGAAAACCAAUCAGCUACAUGUACCCUAUGUGGACAAGUAUUUAGUUUUAAGCAAGGUACUGGUAAGGAUGGUGGAACGAGUACACUAAAUGGUCAUAUGAGAACCAAAACAUAUGAAUGUUUGGGGAGAGCAAACGGGUUCAAAUGUGGGGGGUAUUCAAAUGACGAUAGACCCACGAACCGGUAGAAAUUUUAAGUAUGACAAGAAAAAGAGCGUGUAGAAAUAGCUAAAAUGGUAGCUUAUGAUUGUUUACCAUUUUCCUUUCCCUCGGGUUUGGGGUUUGUUACUUACAAUCAACGUUGUUAUAAUCCGUUAUUUGAGGGUAUUCCUAGAAGUACUUGUAGAGUCGAUGUUAUAGAUUUGUUUAAAAAAUAUAGAUUUUAUUUGCGCCAUGUAUUUAAUUCUUUAAAUUGUAAUAUUUGUCUUACCGCUGAUUUGGGUCUUAGUCUUAACAAGUUAGAUUUUCUUGCUAUUACAUGUCAUUGGGUUGAUGAAAACUGGGUUAUGCAAAAAGAAUUAUAGCUUUUUUAUAUGAUUCAAUGUCUACUAUUAUGAGAUUUUUUAACAUUUAUAGAAAAACACUUUGUAUUGUUUUAGAUAAUGCUUCUAAUAAUACAAAGGCGAUAGGUCUUAUAAAAAGAGAAAUAAACUCUCCGCUAAGAAAUAUUUUUCAUGUAAGAUGUAGUUGUCAUCUUAAUUGUUAAAGAUAGUCUUGUGCAUUUUGAAGAUUCUGUUCAAAAAGUUAGAGAUGCGAUUUGCGUUUCUUUUUUGUAAUGCUAAUAGGGGAAGAAUUAGAGAUUUUAAGAAUGCUUGUGUGGAAAAUAACCUUAGACCUAAGAAAAUUCAAGUACAAAUUGAGACUAGGUGAAACUACACUUAAAUUAUGCUACAACAAGCAUAUGAGUAUAGGAUUCCAUACAACAAGUUCACAACAAAUAUAAUACUGAUAGUGAUGAUUGGUUAAAUUAUUCGCAUUGGGAAGAUGUUAAAGAAUGUGUUGACCUCUUAGAAAAAUUUUAUAAUGCAACUCUUGCUUUUUCUAGACAAUUCUAUCCCACGGUAACCGGAAUUUUUGCCUACUUAGCGGAAAUAGCUAGAGUUUUACAAGAGUAUAAAUAUAAACCCGGUUAUCAAGUGGCUAUUUUUGAAAUGAUAAUCAAAUUUUAAGAAG